UUCAUGCAGAUUAUGCUUAGUUUAGUGCAAACUUAUAACUGUGUUCAAAGUCUAAAGAAUCAUCCUAUCGGUUUAAGCUAAUAUAUUAUAGGUCAAAGCUUACGAAUUGUAGAUUUAGGCGUGGUAUUUGUUGUUACAGUUAUUAUUCACGUUUGCCUUUAAGUUGCAGUAAAGUUUGUGAUUGCGUAAUUUUGUGUAGUUACCUAAACAGUAAACACUGUCUUGUCAACUUCUAAGAAUCCAAUUCUAGUCUGUCUUUGAGUCUGGAGUCGUUCGUUAGUAAUAUUAAUACUAGUAUUACUUACUGUGAUUCAAUCAUUCAGUGUGACUGAGACGUGAGUCUGUCUUGAGCUUGUGUGACGCUGUUAAACAACAGUGUAUUUCUAUUAGCUUUAGCGUAUUAGUAAUCAUAAUAUGCUAGGCUCUGGUGACUAAUACUAGAAAUUUUAGGUCUUACUCAUAGUACUUUGAUAUUUCUGAGGUAUUUCCCUCAUAAUUUUAAUAUUAAAUUAUGGAAGCCACUGCAAAGUAUGAUUUUAAUGCAACAGCAGAUGAUGAAUUGAGCUUCAAAAAAGGGGAGGUUUUAAAGGUUCUAAAUGUUGAAGAUGACAUGAACUGGUACAGAGCAGAACUGGAUGGAAAAGAAGGUCUCAUUCCAAGUAAUUAUAUUGAAAUGAAGAAACAUGACUGGUACUAUGGUCGGAUUACAAGGGCGGAUGCUGAGAAGCUGCUCAUGAACAAACUUGAAGGAGCUUUUCUAAUUCGAGUGAGCGAAAGUUCUCCUGGAGAUUUCUCUCUUUCUGUGAAGUGCUCAAGUGGUGUCCAACACUUCAAAGUACUCCGUGACAUGCAAGGAAAAUUCUUUCUUUGGGUUGUGAAAUUUAAUUCUUUGAAUGAACUAGUGGAUUAUCACCGGACAGCAUCGGUCAGUCGCUCCCAAGAUAUCAAGCUUAUGGAUAUGCAACCUGAACAGUUUCUGGUCCAAGCCCUCUAUGAUUUUCAAGCUCAAGAGGCCGGUGAAUUGGAGUUUAAAAGAACUGAUAUAAUUACAGUUUUGGAUCGUUCUGAUGCACAUUGGUGGGAAGGGGAGAUGCGUUCAAAGAGAGGAUUUUUCCCAGCUUCCUAUGUUGUUCCUUUCCAUGAAUAACUUUCCAUGAUGUUUUUAACCAGCAUGAAGAAACUGUCAGAAAACGAAAUUUAAAAAAAGAAUCCACAUUUUUUUUCUUUUUGCUAACAGUGAUGAUUGUUCUUUACAUGUUCAUCUUUAAAAUGUUUCAUAUCAAAGUAAAUAUUUGUGAUAAAACUCUUAAUGAAUGUUAAGUUGAGCCAUCAAGUUUACAAGUUUAAAAAUCUAAUUGUAAUCAGAGCCAAUGUUUUGAUGAAAAUAUUUUUAUUUUCUCGCUUAGUUUUGGUCUUUUCGUGUUCACAGUAUUGAAGUGGGUGAAUUAUCUGUAGACUGUUUUCAAAGCUUCUGUGUGUGUGUGUGUGUAAGAAGAAACUUAUUAUCUACUUGAUUAUUCGUAGGAUUAUGCAAUACAUUUAGUAAAGUUUGAAAAAUUUGGCAAGAAACUACAUUCAUUCAAACUUCCACUGUAUUUUGUGUUUGCUUUAUUAACACACGUAGUUGAAGCAAAAGUCAUGAGUAAGUUUUGUAUACAAUCUGUAACUAAGUGUAGUGAAACCUUACAGCUUAUGGUUUUAACAAGGCUGGAAAAAGCAUUAUCAAGGGGACCUUUGUACAUAGAUGCAAGUGAAACUCGGUUAUGGACAAGAUACAACAGUCCACACGUAUAUUACUAAAAAUAUAUGUAACAAGCAUGUUGUGUAGUCUUGUUUUGUCUCAUCACUUGUACUUUAACAAAAGCACAAACAUCUUGAUCUUAUAGUGGCUAAAUGAGUAUUAUUCUUACGUUGGAUCCAUUUUCACCAAAAGGGGCGAGUGUACAUUUAUCAAAUUACGUGUGUUGAACUUUUCCUUAUGCCUUUAGAGGUGGUAAUAUUCCUGUGUUAUUGAUAUUCGUUAUCUGAGAAAAUCAGAAAAGAUAGUAAUGGGUUUAUAACAGUAUUUAACAAAAUAUGAAGUCACAUCCCUGCUUUACCAUGAUGAUAACAUCUAAAAAUAGUUUUUAUCCCUGCUUUUCUUUUUAAUUGCCUUUGACACUCUCUUCAACAGUUCUGUGUAGUACAAAGAUGCUUUUAUUUGAAUUAAAUUUAGAAAUUCUACAUACACACUCAAUCUGAUGUACAGUGAUCAACUUGGUACCCUUAACCUGAAACUUGAAUUUGUACAUUCAAACAAACCAUACCUUUUGGCUUAUUGCUGGAAUGUAAAAAUGUAUAUAUACAUUCAUUCAGCUUUCCAAUGUGUUAUAUGUGUUUGCUUAAUUCAUUUAUUUAUAGUUUAAGCAAAAAUCAUGAUUACAUUCUGUUAACAGCUUGUAACUUAUGGUAAUAGGAAACCCAAAACUUUGUAUUAAUAUACAUUAUUAAUUCACAUUAUUUUCCAUUUAUGCAAAGAUGAAGCCAAAUAUAUUAAUUAUUGAUUUUAUAACUUUUCAUUAGAAAUAAAAUACUCUUGACACUAAUAUGACCAUGAAAUAUUUUCAGCUCUUAAAAAUAUUAUUAAAGAACAGUCUUUAAUCAAAAUAAUUUACAUUACUGUUCAUCAUAUUUGUGUAACUUGUCAAACUCAACCAAAUAUUCAAACUCAUUUUUAAUGGCUGCUGAAAACGUUUCCUUUUUAUUUAUGAAAUACUUAUGCAAACUCAUUAAGGGCUUUUACUAAAGUUGAUCUGUCAAAAGGGUGUCAUCUUGCAGCAUGUAUAAAAAAAUUUUAUUUCUGUGUUUAUGGACAUAAGUUCAAAUCUGAUUGUUAAGAUUGCCCCACAAUAUUAAUUUAUGUUUAAAUUUGUAUCUUUUGUAUGCUGGACUGUGAAGGAGAGGUUCUCUAAUUCACGUCAUGUCACAUUAAAAAAACUUGCUUCACACGUUGGGACCACGAGUGCAUUAUAUGAGUGAUGGUCAAACCUUGCCAUUUGGUUUGACAAGCAAGUGGUGUGGACUAGCUGCCUUCCUUCUAGUCUAUCACUUCAAAAUUGGGGACAGUUAGAACAGAUGACUUCUGUGUAACUUUGCAUGAAAUUCAAUAAAACAAAAGUUUUUGUAGAAUAAUACAAGGCAAGAUGGAAGGUGUUUUGGUCCUAUUCACAAUUGUACGAAAUAAGUUUGAAUGUAGCCGAUAUUCAUCCACAGUUUUGUAAAAUAAUGUAAAAGUUCAGAUAUUUAUCCAUUUGUUAAGAAAUGUCAAUAUUAAACAUAAAUUUAUAAAAAUGUUGAACAAUUUUGAGUUUAUCUAAAAUACCUAUCCAAAGUUUAGGAAAUGUCUGGCAAUAUGAAAAUAUUAUCUUCCAGAUUCACAGCGUAACAAAACUGGAAAUAGUUUUAGCUUUUAAAUAAUGCAAAACAUAUUUCAGUAUAUUGGGUUUCUCUUCGCUAGUAUUAAGGUUGCAGGUGAAAAAGAAACCUUCACUUAAAGCUAUGUGGUAAUAUUUGUUUUAAACCACAAGCUUUCAGGAGGUUGAAACUGAUGAGAGAUAUUUUACAUUUGACUUCAAAUAGUAGAAUAUGUAAAAUGCUGUUAAUUCCAAAAUUAGUAGUUACUUUUAUUAUUUUUAUAAAACAAAACUGAAGUUAUGGUGACUUAUUUUCUCAGCUACAGCAGCAAGGUUCUGCUACUGAGACCAGCUGUAUUAAGUCAUUGGUAAUAGUAUUUGAAAGUUGGUAUUAAUAUACAAUGUUAUUACAUUUCAGAAUGUCAAGUGAUUACCACGGGGUCCUCAAGUAGUGCUUUUUAUUUUUUGUGUUAGAGAAAUGAACACUUUGGCUGAAGAACUUCCAUAAUGAUAGUAAACUAUGUGAAUUUUUUGAAUAGGUCUUAUUCACAGCUCGUUUAAAGACCCUCGUAUUGGAUGUGCAAGUGAUUUAAAAGGGUGUUUUUAUGUAGUGUAUAUAAUGUAGGAUUCUUCUAUCAAUGAAGGAAUUUGUGUCAAGGUUAUUGUUCCAAUAACUAGGUUAAGGUUCUUUUAAGAGGUAUUGUUUAUUGUUGGUAGUAGAGUUCUAAUGAUGACUUGUUACAUGAUUUUGAUUAUUUUGUGUACGGAUUACAAAGUAAUUGUUGAAAGGGGAUGUUUCAGUGUAAUAAAUUAGGGAAUUGGUUCAUUAA